CAAAGCAACAGCGUGAACUACAACCGCUCCAUGUCCCUGGCCAGCAACGCGUCCCUGCAGCAGAGCUCCUCGGCCGCGGCUCUGCAGGCUGGCUCGGGCUUCAACAAACUGAAGGCUUCUGGGUUCAACAUGGGCUCCAUGGACGCCCUCGACGCCCUCCAGAUGGGGUCGACGGAGCAGCUGGCCCUCCCCGACGUCGAGAACGACUUCGACCUCCAGAACGCGCUCUCGGCACAGCAGGACCAGCUGAGCUCCUCGCCGCUGACCUCGGGCUCGGCCUCCAGCAACGGCAACCCCAAGGAAUUGAAGUUCGAGCAGAAGAAGGUGACCUCGUCCUCGAAGCGGAAGGUUGUGACAGACAAGAACAGCUUUGAGUCCGCCUCCGGUCAGACCUCCGAGUCCUGCAAGCUCCAGGCCGGCGACGUGUCCUACGAGGAGUCGUCGAAGAAGGCCGCUACCAAGGCCAAGCUCGAGGUGGAUGGGGUCACCGCAGAGAAGGCCGCCGCCAUUCAGCAGGAGGCGCGGCAGCUCCGGGCGGGGGACGUGACCCACCGCGAGGGCUCCCAGGUCAAGGGGGCGACCAUGCGGGUGGCAGGCGAGGGCUUCUCAGCGCACAAAUCAGCUGUCAGCGAACAGCAGCAGCGUCAGACCAAGACGCCAGCGGGAACCAUCAACCAGGAGUCGUCCCGUCAGGCAGCCUCUUCAGGGAUCACCAUCAAGACGAAGGGCGUGUGCACCAAGCAGACCUCGUCUAUGACUGCAUCACAGAGCAAUGUCAGUAUAACCGGAUUUGAAGACUUGGACCUCUUAAAUGAUGCCUCACAACCAGUCGACAUCCAGAAUGCCAUCAUGCGUUAUUCUGGAGUCAUGUCAAACUUCGUUGAGCAGCUGAAAACUAUGACCUUUAGCGAGGGCUUCAAGGAUGCUCCUUCCCUUCUGGAUAACAUAGAUGAAAUGAUCCGGAAGGCUUGGUCAGUCCCCACACAUGGCCAUGAGUUGGGAUUCUCCCUCUGCAAUGUCCUCAGAAAUAAUGGCGGCAUUGAUGUGCUGCUCAAAAACUGCACCUCCGAUGACUCUGACCUGAAGUUCUCCAGCGCCAAGGUCCUUGAGCAGUGCCUCACCACAGAAAACAGAGGCUAUGUUGUUGAAAAUGGCCUGGAGGAUGUUGUCAAUGUCGCCUGCGACUGCACAAAGAAUGGAACCUCCGUAGACAAGUCACGUGUCGGGACAGGCAUCUUGGAACACCUGUUCAAGCACAGUGAGGGAACCUGCUCAGAAAUCAUCAACUUGGGUGGUCUCGAUGCAGUGCUGUCAGAAUGCAGGAAGUCAGAUGUGGAAACCCUACGUCACUGUGCCGGGGCUUUGGCCAACUUGUCCCUCUAUGGUGGCUCAGACAACCAACAGCAGAUGAUACGCCGCAAUGUCCCCAUGUGGCUAUUCCCCUUGGCUUUCCACACAGAUGACAAUAUCAAGUACUAUGCCUGCCUUGCCAUAGCUACUCUGGUUGCCAACAAGGAGCUAGAAGCAGCUGUGUUACAGUCAGGAACUCUCGACCUUGUAGAACCUUUUGUGAUGAACCAGAUGCCAGACCAAUUUGCCAACUCGACUGUUGCUCACCGCCAUGGACAGAGCUCAAAUUGGUUAAAGAGGCUCGUUCCAGUUCUCAGCAGUAAGAGGGAGGAAGCACGGAACCUUGCUGCUUUCCACUUCUGUAUGGAAGCUGGUAUCAAGAAGCGACAGGGCAAUCUCGAACUCUUUAGAGAAAUAGGUGCCAUUGAGCCACUCAAGGAAGUAGCCAGUUCUCCCAAUGCUAUAGCCAGUAAAUAUGCAGUGAAAGCCCUCAAACUAAUAGGGGAGGAAGUGCCACACAUCCUUAGCCAACAGGUGCCACUGUGGACGCCAGAAGAUGUACAAAAUUGGGUCAAAAGAAUUGGAUUCUCUGAGUUUGCUGACGACUUUGUUGCUUCUCGAGUAGAUGGUGAUCUCCUUUUGCAAAUGACGGAACAGAACUUAUGUGAAGACAUUGGUAUGAAAAACGGCAUUCUCAGACAAAGAUUUCUGCGUGAGCUUAAAAAAUUAAAGCUGAUGGCAGAUUUCUCUUCCUGUGACUCCACAAAGCUCAAUGAAUUUAUGUUACAAGUUGAUCCUGACUUUGCAGUUUAUACCUACAGUAUGCUGAAUGCUGGCGUUACUCGAGAUUGCUUAAGAUAUCUCACAGAAGAGCAGCUAAUUUCAGAGUGUCGCAUCUAUAACUCAAUUCAUCGGCAAAAAGUUAGAGAAAAAAUUAGAGAAUAUUAUGCUGUUGGUCAGAUUUCUAAUGGUGAUCCUGUAGACAAGAAUCUAGACGUUUUUAUCAGCUAUCGACGUUCCAAUGGCUCACAGCUAGCAAGCUUAUUAAAGGUCCACAUGCAGCUCAAAGAAUUCUCAGUAUUUAUUGAUGUGGAGAGAUUAGAAGCAGGAAAAUUCGACAAUAAUUUGUUAAACUCCAUUCGGCAAGCAAAGAACUUUUUACUAGUUUUAACACCCAACGCCCUGGAUAGAUGUAUAGGGGAUACAGAAUGCAAGGAUUGGGUACACAGGGAAAUCGUUGCAGCUCUCCAGUCUGGGUGUAAUAUUAUUCCUAUCCUCGACAACUUCCAGUGGCCUGACCCUGAAGAACUCCCAGAAGAUAUGCGUGCUGUGUGUUACUUCAAUGGCGUUAGAUGGAUCCACGAUUACCAAGAUGCCUGUGUGGACAAGAUCGAGAGGUUCAUCAGAGGCGAGUGCAACAUGCCCGGAGAUGGCCCACUAGCACGUUAUGUUAGUGGCAGCGCACUAGGAGGCAUGGCCACCCCAGGAACGCCAUCGACUCUUCCAAGAGCUCCACCUCCGUACCAGCGCACCACAAGCACAGAAAGCGGGAAGGGCUCCUCGUGUUCCGACAAAGACUUUGCCAAGGACUGACGGGGCGACCCUGCACUGGUUAAACAUAGAAGAUUAUUAACCACAAGUAGCCCACGAUCUGCCUCACCUCUAAGGCUUUGCGGUAGAGCAGCCAGUCCUGUCCCACGGCUCCCCGUUCGUGGCUCAGCCAGUAGGGGACUUGGGGCCGGCUCUCCCCUCCUCCCACGCCCAAUGCGCCGAUCACUUCCGCCUUCACGCUCUCUUAGUCUCGACACAGGCUUAGAUUCUAACACCGUAGCUGCACGUGAUUCAGAGACCGCAACUGAUGUCGUAUCAUCCUGUGAACAAUACUUGCAACAGCAACAGCAACCAGGACAGCAGGAAG